CUGAGGAUUGACAGACUCCAGAGGGAGGAGUCGUAGGAUGUUACUGUCGGUGGGUGGCUGUGUCGCCGUGCCGCACCAGCUUGAAAACUAGUCUCAGGUGACCAGAAUUACAGCAUUUGUUGGCAAAGAGUCCCGCAGGCCAUCGCGAGCGUCUUUGCUGGGUCUGUCUCUUGUCCAGGAGCUCAAGAGGCAGGAAGUCAUCCUGCGGGAGGCACAUGCGGAGAGAAGCUGUGGUCGCUGGAAGAGGAGGAGGUUUUCCUGGUGCUUUGCUGAAUACCCCUCCCUUUUUCUGUAUGGCGUGACUCUUCUCCAGCUGGAGGACUGUUCUUUGGUUUAUUCCUUUAGAGGUUCCUGUAGGUAGCUGUUGACUUUGAAUUUAAUUAAGCAAGAGGACCGAAACUGCUCAUUUGGAUCCAAGGUCUGCCUGUGAUUUCAGCUGUAGGGCUUAUCGACACUGGAAGCACGCAAGAAAGGAAGGAGAUCAGUGCAGGUCCAUAUCCAGUGGCAGCUGUGGUGGCCUUGGAGUGAUAGAAGAUUAUCACUUUCCACACUCAGGAACCAGCAUCUUCCCUCAGUCUGAGUGCCUCUGCCCUCUGUCUGUAUCAUUGACAGAAGCUUUGUGUUUGGAAAGGGGACUGUGUGACUCCUGAACUGACAUUUUUAACUCUUGCUACAAAGUUCUCUCUGACCCAGUGAAAGUGUGAGAACCAAGGCCAAGACUCUAUAGGGCUAUUGAUAUAACUGGGCUUUAACCAUGACUGGGAGUAGAAACAAGGCCAAAAAUGUAAAAAGGGCUGGCGUAGAUGCUAAAACAAAAAGGGAGGCUACUGGCGUAGUCAGACCUGUAGCCAAGACCCAGGCCAAAGCAAUAGCCAAGCCAGGGUUUCAGGCAAAUGCAGUGGCAGAGGUGAAAGCAGUGUCUAAGAACAAGAAUGUUACUGAGAUGAAAGAAGGUACCCUGGCAAAUUUCAGUCCCAAAGUUGAAGGUGAGGCCACUCGAGUAUCUCGAUGUUGUUCUGUGGCUGAGGUUAAUGCUGAGUCCAAGUCUGUGUGUAAAGAUAAGGCUGGUAUUGAUGCCUGGUUCUGGGCUGGGGAAGGGGCCAGUGUUGGUUCCUGGUUCUGGAGUGGAGAAGAGACUGGUAAUCGCUCCAGUGCCAAGGAUGAAGGUAAAGCUGGUACUGGUCCCCCAUCCUGUGCUGAGAAGUUGGAGCCUGUGGCCGGGGCUAGCUGUAAGGCUAGGCCAGGGGCUGAAGAGGAGGAGGAAGAGAACGUUAUUGGGAACUGGUUUUGGGAUGGAGAUGAAACUAGUUUUGACCCUAAUCCUAAACCUGUGAGCAGGAUAGUUAAGCCCCAGCCUGUGGAUGAAAUUAAUGAAAAAAAUAGGCCCAAGGACUGGUCUGAGGUAACUAUCUGGCCCAACGCCCCUGCCGUAACUCCAGCAGUGUUAGGAUUUAGGUCCCAAGUCCAAUCUGAGAUAAGGCCUCCUUCAUAUAUUGUCCUGACCUCGGCUGAGGAAAAUACUCAUUCUUUGCCUGAGGCAACAGUAUGUCUUUCUAAGAGCACACCCUCAUGCUCACAACCUCUCCCAGAGCACCCAUUUGGUUCUGACCCUUGCAUUCAGACCAUAGAGGAGAUUAGACGCCAAAUCAAGAUCAGGGAGGCGAAUGGGAUUAAGCCAUUUGCUUGCCCUUGCAAAAUGGAAUGCUACAUGAAUUCUGAGGAAUUUGAAAAACUUGUUACCUUACUUAAGUCAACUACUGAUCCUCUCAUUCAUAAAAUAGCUCAAAUUGCAAUGGGGAUCAUUAAUGUUCAUCCAUUUGCCCAAGAAUUUAUUAAUGAGGUAGGUGUAGUGACACUUAUUGAAAGCUUGCUUAGUUUUCCUUCCUCUGAAAUGAGAAAAAAGGCUGUAAUUACUCUGAAUGCCCCUUCUGGGAAUGAAAGACACCGCAAGAUUGAAUUACAUGUUAAACAUAUGUGUAAGGAAACCAUAUGUUUUCCUUUGAAUUCACCUGGACAGCAAUCUGGCUUAAAAAUAUUGGGGCAACUGACUGCUGAUGCUAACCAUCACCAUAUCGUUGCCAAAUAUUUUUCAGAGCUUUUUAAUUUGCUUUCCCAGGGAAAUCGCAAAACCAGAAAUCUUGUUUUGAAAGUACUUUUGAAUAUGUCUGAACACCCAGUUGCAGCCAGAGACAUGAUCAAUACAAAGGCAUUAGCAGUGUUAAAACUAAUCUUUAACCAGAAAGAAGCAAAAGCCAAUCUCGUUAAUGCCGUGGCCAUAUUUAUUAACAUAAAGGAGCAUAUCAGAAAGGGUUCAAUUGUAGUUGUUGAUCACUCGAGUUAUAAUACACUCAUGGCCAUUUUCCGUGAAGUUAAAGUGAUUAUUGAAACAAUGUAAAAUGAGCCAGAAAUAAAAGAAGACAGAACAGUCCCAAAAUUCUGAUAAGGCUAUCUGUUCUCAAAGAGCCUUGCAUAAUGUUUUUAUUACAGUGUGCACAUAAAUUACAUCUUGAACAAUAUUGUGACAGUCUCUAGAUUUGAGCUAGACUGUUUUGGGGAUAUCACAUAUUACAUUGUGAGCUGAAAAUGUCUGUUGAUUUUUAUCUUGUGUAGAUGGGGCACUUUUCAACAUUUUACUUAAGAAAUUAGUGAACCAGUUCGUCCUAAGUAAGCUAACUUGUUCAUUAGUAUCUGCUUAGAUCCAUUUGUGGCUUCAAAUGGCAAAAAAAUAACCUUAACUUAUAAUCUAGUUGCAGAAGUAAGGCAUUUACACACAAAAAGAUAACUAACAGAUUAUACAUAUAUUCGCAUACACUCAUUGCAAAGUGCACUCUCAAUAACAUAAAGAAGAGAGGAGUUUCUAUAAGCUAUUUAAUGUAAGAGGAAUUAGUUUUCCUCCUAUUCUGCCUGCAUCAUAUAUAAUCUACACCACAGAAAUGGCCUUGAAUCCUAGAUAAAAUGUAGUAUUCAUUUUUAAAUGUUUCUACUACAUGUACAACUCAUUGUUAGGCUAUUUCAUUUACCUCAAAGUCAUCUCAGAAGAGAAAGGAGGUAGGUGUAGGGAGGAAACAUUUGCUGGGUACCUGCUCUUAUGUCAGAUACUACGUUGGCUCUGUACUUUACAGGGUUCCCCCUGCCCCCUUCUCACAAUGGUCCUGUGAGCUAGGUACUGGUAGUUUUUUCUUUUUUUAUAACUCAUUAUUGUGGAUCACCUCCAGUGAGAAUUAGGAAGGUUAAAUACUUUUUCCUAGAUUUCCAUAGCAGGCAGGUGGGAUAACUGUUGUGUCUAAUAACAAAACCCACUCCUCUACCUUACAGUCAUUUCACUUUUUUAGGUGGUGGCCUUGAAGGCUCAGAGACUGGUUUUAAUGAUUCAGUUUGCUAUAGAUAAAGCCCCUGCCAGUCUUGCAAUUCUUUACUUCCUCCAAAUGCACAUGUCCAUUAGGCAUUUGGUGUUAGGAGAAAAGUCUGGGAUGAGUGUACGGAUAUGAACCGGCAGUGUCUGGAAAACAGGAGGUACCCAAAACUGUUGAGUAAGAUGUAAAUUUGGAGUCAUUAGCAAGUAAAAUUUGCUGUAUAUCCUUCCUAUCUUUUUCAAUCUGAUUGUACCUUUUUAAAGAGAACUAGAAUCAUUCUGCACAUUGUUUCAUACAUUUAAAAAAGAUCAUUGCUUUCUUCCUCCUUGUAAAAUCGUAACUUAGUUUUUUUAUCAUUUAUAAUUUUUUCCAUUUCGCAUGUGUGUCAUGAAAUAUCAAAAGGCUCCAUCUUUUACUAGUAGUCUAGUCCACUUUCUGCAUUUGUACCAGCUAAAACUGUACAGGGUAGACUUAGAGAAAUUUAGACCCAGAACUGCAGCCUUAUCAACACAGAACAGGAAAGCUAAGAGAGAAGCUGCUGCCUCAACUGAUAGAACAGUGACUCCUGGAAGUCUUUAUGGUUCAGAAAGCAUCUUCAGGACUUUUGGACUAUGACUAUGUUCUCUAAGUCUCAUGGUAGGAACUACAACCCCUGGUCUAAGCUGAAGAGAAUGUCCCAGUGUGCAAAAAUUCUGGAUUAUAUGCUUUGAAAUUUUUAAACAGUUAAGAAACUAACACACAAUCAUACUGUGAUUACUGUUUGUAACUUGCUUUCCCCCCACUAUCUGUAUAUCAAUAAAUACGCUUCUGCAACAUA